GGAAAAAUAACGUCGUUCAUGAAGACACUCGGGGAUUUUGUAAAAAGGGGUUUCCGUGGAAUUUUGUGGAGUUUCGGGGCCGUUUGAGGAGCGAAUUAGUGUCCGCGUAGUAAAAUUGAGUGUACGGUGCGAUGGAAACGUGGGAGCACAUUGUGGCAGCCCUGUGCCGACCUGUCAAGUUUCUCUUUCUUUUACUUUCGAGCGUGGUGUCAUCUUGUGUGAACAAAAUUCUUCGUGUGACCAUUUCAUAACACGAAAACUCAAACCGAACAAGUUGUCAGUCCAAAAUUCACCCCUAAACGAACGAAUCAUCCCCAAAACCCACAAAUUUAGUGGUUUAUUAUGAAUUUUGAAGAUUAUGAGUCGCUCCCAACCACCAAUGUUGUUACGCAUAUGACCGCCGGAGCCAUAGCCGGAGUUAUGGAACAUUGCGUAAUGUAUCCCCUCGAUUCGGUUAAAACGAGGAUGCAGUCGCUGUCGUCAGGGGGCCGCGACGGGAUCGUGGGGACCUUUCGCAGGAUGGUGAGACACGAGGGGCUGUUCAGACCAGUCAGGGGCAUGUCGGCAAUGAUGGUGGGGGCUGGACCUUCACACGCUUUGUAUUUCAGCAGUUAUGAGUUCCUCAAGAAUGUCAUGAUCAAGCAAACCACAACACCCAGAUAUCACACAGUCAUUUACGGCGCGUCCGGUUGUAUAUCCACGCUCCUCCACGACGGCAUAAUGAACCCCGCCGAAGUCGUCAAGCAACGCAUGCAGAUGCUCAACUCACCCUACCGAUCAGUAGUUCACUGUUUUAUCAACGUGUACCGACGAGAGGGAAUCUCCGCCUUCUACCGCUCCUACACCACCCAACUCACGAUGAACAUACCAUUCCAGAGCAUACAUUUCAUGGUGUACGAAGUUGCCCAAAAAAUAACGAACAAAGAAGGUGUGUACAAUCCGCCGGCCCAUAUGGUGAGCGGGGCGCUGGCGGGAGGCAUUGCGGCGGCCGUGACCACGCCCCUCGACGUUUGUAAGACCCUCCUGAACACGCAGCAGGAGGGCGCCACAACGGGUUUGGUGGAAGCCGUGAAGAAGGUGUAUUUGUUUGGAGGCCCGAUGGGGUACUUCAGAGGGCUGCAGGCCAGAGUGGUGUACCAGAUGCCGGCGACGGCGAUUUGUUGGUCUACGUACGAGUUCUUCAAGUAUUUGUUGGGACGGAGCGGGGAAUUGAGGGUGGUGAGUAGUACGGCUGCGGAGGUGGAGCCGCUUGUCAGACUCGAGGCGACGGAAAAGGUGAAUGCAAAGCCGAGGGAGCUGCCGGCGAUGUCAGGAGCGGGGAUUUACGGAUCGAUCCAAUUCAACACGAUGCAUUCGGACACGGGGUACACGAACAGGAGGAAAGACUCGAUUCUUGAUAUCGUCCAUACCUAGUGUGUAUUUACGAUUUUUUUUAAUACGUAAGUAUUAGACCGGUCACCGAACAUGGUUUUCUAUUUUCAUUUUUCAAAAUUUGUAAAUAGUGGCGUUACGGCUUACCGAAUCUUAGUUUUAAGUAUGACGUACACUUGUAGCUUUGGUAAGCUGGAAAUGCACGUAUUUUUGACAAUACAAGCACUAGUGUUAAUUAGGAGUAGAAACCGGCGACGUUCGAUAUUUCAGUAUCCAUCGACGUGGCGAUUUGCGCCCAACUCACAAAGUCAUACUAACCACUUUCGAAAUUCUAUUUUUUUAUCGAAUAUUAUUUGCGAAGCAAUAACGGGAAUAUCGGACCCAUUGGCUGAUGGAGGAAACCAUGUCAAAACUCGUUACUAACAAGAAACAAAAAUACUAUUUAUUUUUUAUUCGACCCUUUUGCGGGUGACUCGGAUGAUAGAAAUACUUCCACUGAUUAAAAAAAAGGCGUUGUGACGUCGACAGAGUAGAAUUAUGUUGCAGCAUCAUAUUCUGUUUCCGUUUUCUGUGUAUUCGAGUGUUGCGGGAGAGAACCAGAUUUAUUUACGAACAGAAAGUGUGACCUUGAGUCACUCAUCCGCGAGAUUUUUGCUCUUGUAUUGCCGUCACGAAGACGCUGUUUAGACUGUGAUAAAGUCCUUAUCAACUAUUUUUUGUACGUAUGAUACUGACUUCGUUCAGAUGGGAGUACUAUCAUAUUUUAUAUGUUAUGUAGAAGGCUCUACGGUUUUUACAAACAGAGAUUAUGUCUUCUAUGUAUUGUGAUAAGCGACCUUGUCACCGUUACGUUAGAUUAUUUGAGUUUUGUGUCAUAUUGUUUUUUUCCAAGAAAAAUUUGUAAAAAGAAUGUUUAAAUAUAAUAAAUGUUACACAAAUAA